AUGUUUCCGGUUUCACGUGCGCACUUGACGCAGCAGUGUCCGCUCAUCUGCGGAAUCUGCAGCGGCUCCAUUCCGUUCGGCUGGCCGGACUGUGAGGCGCACAGAUUGAUAGUCAUGAUGUCAGAGACCUUGGAGCAGAGUGAGGACGUCAGCGUCUUACCCCCCCAUGAAGUGGAGCCCCCCAGGGAGGAGGACGGCCACUGCCCGCUGCCGUUCAGGCUGCAGCUGAUCGAUGACCUGUCCUACGAAGAUGUGAAGAAGUGUUACAGAGGAUCUACUGUCAGCAAAUACAACUCCCAGUACCACAAACUGUUCCAGACAGUUCCUAAAGAAGAGAUCCUGAUGAAAGUGUACUCCUGCGCGUUACUCAGGGACAUCCUGCUGCAGGGACGACUCUACAUCUCCAGGAACUGGCUGUGUUUCUACGCAAACCUGUUUGGAAAAGACAUCAAGGUCUGUAUUCCAGUGGUGUCGGUCCGACUGGUGAAGAAGCAUAAAACUGCAGGUCUGGUGCCCAACGGCCUCGCCAUCACCAUCGACACCGGACAGAAGUAUGUGUUUGUGUCUCUGCUGUCCAGAGACAGUGUCUACGACGUCCUCCGGAGGAUCUGCACUCACCUGCAGGUGAAUGGGAAAAGUCUGAGUCUGAAGCAAUACCUGGAGGAGCCCAGCUCUCUGUCUAUGGAUGAGUAUCCAGAGGUGCUGAAGUGGAGGAGGAAGCCGUCCCUCCCCGCCGUCUCCUCGUCUCUUCCAGACCUGCUGGGAAACUCCGCCCCCAGCCUCGCUGCUGACGCACCGUUCAGCGCACACACACUCACAGACAGUAGUCUGGAAACAGAGAAGAUCCUGCUGACAGAACCAGUACCUGAACUGGGUCACAUGGAGUACCAACUACUGAAACUCUUCAUCCUGCUCGUCUUCCUGUUAGUCCUGUCGUCCUGUUACCUGGCCUUCAGAGUUUGUCGACUGGAGCAGCAGCUCAGCUUCCUGAGCAGCCAGCCAACACUGAGAGAGAGGUGUGGAGAGGUGCCCUGCUGGCUGGCCAAUCAAAAGACGGGAACCUGAUGCCGAAGCCAAUCAGGGAG